UAUAAAAGCGUCUGAAUUGGGCGAGAUGACAGAGAUUUUGUAGCUCUCCAAAUUUAGUGCACUUUUCUUCCCCGCACACUGAAUUUAAGUCACGUUCACGUUUGAGUAUUGCGGUGUUCUGUAUCCCGGUGCAGCGUCUUUCUGACAUAGAAUUCACACGACAAAAUGGAAGAGGUGAACAGUCCUCCACACUCAAUGGGAAGUGGGCAACCACAUCAGCAUCCAGUUAAUCACUCAAGACCGUUUUUCUAUGUUCAACCACCUUCUCAACCGUACUACAUGUACCAAUGGCACAUGAACAAUCCAUACAGCCACUAUGGCUUCCCUGGAUCAGGUCUCCAUUUUGGACGUCCAUACAUGGCCCCCUACCCAUACAUGCAGUAUCCAGGCUACGUGAUCCCGCACGCGCCGAUGCAACCAGUCGACUACAGAAGGGUUUUCAACCCACACUUCCCUUCCGCGGCCGGCUACGACGUCCGAUUCCGCCACCACCAGCACCACCAGCACCACCAGGCCCACUUCCGGCGGGAGACCGCCUGCUCGGAGGCACAGACCGACCCCAGCGACGCCGUGAACAAGCUCAUCGAGAGCCUGGAGAGGCUCCGGACCCGCGGCCCGGUCGCGGAGAAGGAGCUCGAUUCGGGAAUGGUCUCCCAGGGCUCCGGAACCUUCCUGACGGACGGGGACUCGCAGAGGCAGGAGCGGGGCGAGGAGGCCGAAGCUUUGCCCGUGAACUCCUCCUCCUCGUCGUCGUCGUUGUUGUCCUCGUCGUCGCUGUUGUCCGUGUCGGAGGGAGCCCGCUCGCCGAAGUCCAUCGCACCGUUUGCCGGCUUGCCCGGAGCCACACGCAAGGCUGAGUUGAACCAGCGGUGUUUCGAGGAGCUCGUUCCGGAGGAGGGCUGGUCCGAGGGCCCCGAUGGGGUGCUUCCCCUCGACAGCUCCUCCAUCCACGAGGAGAAUGUGACCCAGAAGAAGGAGGAAGAGGAAGAAGAGGAGGAGGAGGAGGAGGAGGAGGAAGAGGAAGAUGAGUUUGAACUUCACUGCGUACCUGAAAAGCUGUCUAGCACACACACGGACGGCCAAGGAAGCAGCGGGGAUGUUAACAGCCAGGUGGCGGCAGCGGCGGCUUGUGGGGUCAAAGUUCAAUCCGAAUCGACGCAGGCGCAGCAGCCUGGUGCCACGCAGGACAGCGAAGGGCCCCGUGAGAAAACCGCCUCUCGCUCUCGGCCGUCCCCGGAGUCGCCUGCGUCUCCGCCCCCCGGCUGGCCGGGUGAAGAGGGCGCCCGUGAGCCAAGCAGCUGCCAGGUUUCCAAGGCGACCGAGAAGCUCCCCGGCGACGCGGCGGGGGGGAAAGACGACGCUCCGGAGAGGCCGCCCGCGGAGCCGAAGGACCCGCCCUACCGGAUCCUGCGGCUGCCCUGCGACAAGGCGGCGACGGCCGGGCUGCUGCAGCGGGACGACCCGCUGUGGUACGUGGACUCGCUCUCCGCCCUCGUCCCGCCGCACGCCUACCUGUCGUCCUUCGGAAACACGGCCGCGUGCUACUACAGCUACUACCCGCCCGCCGCGGCCCAGGAGAGGCAGAGCGUCCUCAGCCCCUCGCUGGACGAGCUCUCCUCCCGGGACGAGCUGUUCUCCACCGACCUCGAGGACAUGGACCUGAUCUCGGGUCACGUCUACGCGGGCGGGCGGCUGGCCGAGGCCCCCCGCGAGGCUCGGGACCCCGCGGGCGACGAGGGCAAGGCGAGAGCCGGCUCCUUCCAAAAGCGGUGCCCCGUCUGCCCGAAGAUGAAGAUGAAGUGCUCCAGCUGCGGCUCGAAGCUCCUGAAAGAAACCAGGAAGUGCAAGGCGGCUCGCUGCGCCCACGGGACGCGCGACUACCGCGCGAAAGAGGACACCGACGAAGGGGCGGCCGAGGAAGACGAGGAGGAGGACGAGCGAGACGAAGACUGUGACAAAAUGCCGAGGGACGCCGGCGAGACCGGGACGGCCCUGCCGAAAAGGCCGCCUCACUCAAGGAGGCCUCUGCAGCCGCCCCCCGUCCGACAGCCGCCCAAAACGAAAUCCAAGAAGGGCUACUGUGAGCGGCCCGGCGAGCCCGCGUCCCUGGAGGAGGCCCCCGAGUACCUGCGGGUGACGGAAUGCUGCGAGGAACACAAGACGCUGGCUAAAGCCGAAAGGUGCAAAGGACAGGAACCGAGGAGUGCUCAGUCCAGACCUCACCCAGACAGACAGUGGAGGGAGAGCUCCAUGGCAUCGGAGCAGGAGAGCUGGGAGAGCUGUGGAGUCAAACCAAGACCAAAGUCCUGCAAACCCUAUCCUUCAUCACGGGGAGAAGAGAAGCCUUUGGGCAGGUCGUCCUGUAAUACGCUUGCGUGUCAGAGGUCUCGCAGGACCGACUACAACGACAACGAGGAGAUGGAGUCUCCACAGUGCCAUAGGGGAAGAGGGUCCACUAAGAGAUGGCACAAGACGCAAAAUUGAAUAACACUGCAUUCACCUAAAAGGGGG